UUGAGGGAGUAAAGCACGAGGCAGGGACGUUUCGUGUCCCUUCCCUCUUUACCUAGUAUGUUCCAUGUGGGUGACACGUGUUCUGCGUUGCCGUCUUUCUCUUCAAUGGAGAUGAUUAAAAAUGUACACGGUCCCAACAAGGCGCCCCACCCUCAUGAAAAUUUAGUGGCAAUAGCCUCAGGUGAGUUUCAGGUUGGGGGAUGAAUUUUUUAGGAGCUACGCAACACAGCAAGAGCCGAGGGCUCCUCGUGUGUGUCGUCAUUUUGCCGCCGUGUUUCUUGUACCAAUGCCGACUUUAUGUGGGACCAAAAAGCCCGCAUCGGCGAAGAUGACGCUUUGGAGGGCUCCACUUGUUUAUUUCCUGCUGCUUGUUGACAAGGCGGUGGAUCAAAAAGCUGUAAAAUGCGGCGGCAUCCUCUCGGCCCCCUCCGGCAACCUUUCCAGUCCAAACUUCCCAGGCCUCUACCCGUACAACAUCCAGUGCUCCUGGCUCAUCGUGGUGCCGGAAGGUUCCUCGGUGCUGCUCACGUUCCACCACUUUGAGCUGGAGUACCACGCCAGCUGCGCCUACGACCACGUCAAGAUCUAUAACGGCGUGGCCGGCGACGAGGGCAACCUGCUGGGUACUUUCUGCGGCGACGCCGCCCCGCCGGCUUUCGCCUCGUCCUGGAACGUCAUGUCGGUCAUCUUCCGCUCGGACCGUCACGUGGCGCACAGGGGCUUCAGCUUGAGCUACAGGAAAGACAUGUGCGGCGGUGUGCUAACGGGCCUGUCGGGCGUCAUCUCCAGCCCGGGUUACCCCGCGCACUACAGCAACGAUGCCGACUGCACGUGGCUCAUCCACGUGUCCAACGGCAGCGCCGUCACUCUUCUCUUCUUGGACUUCCAGAUGGAAAACAACGAGGGAUGCCACUUUGACUACGUGGCCCUGUUCGACGGCCCCACCGUGACGCACCGCCACCUGGGCACGUACUGCGGGGCCAACAAGCCCCCCGCCACCAUCACCACCGCCAGCCAGCUACUGCUCGUCUUCAAAUCCGACUUCAACAUCGGGGGACGAGGGUUCAAGGCCUAUUACUACUCAGGCGAAUGCCAGCAGGUUCUGUCAGACGUGUGCGGCAACUUCAGCAGCCCCAACUUCCCGCAGAUCUAUCCGAACAACAUCAACUGCCACUGGAGCAUCUCACUGGCGGCCGGCUACCGCAUCAAGCUCUUCUUCCCCGUGGUGGAUCUGGAGGGUCGCAACAGCCUGACUGGUGCGUGCGACUACGACUGGGUGGCCGUGUACGACGGUGACGGGCAGGCGGCAGACGCGCUGCUCGGACGCUGGUGCGGCGCAGAUAGGCCGCCGGCAUUCCUUUCCCGGGGGAAUAAGAUGCUGGUGGUGCUGAGCACUGAUAGGGACGAGGCGCACGGAGGAUUCGCCGCUUCUUAUCUCGGGGUGGUGCCCGUGAACGUGAGCUGCACCAGGUCAGAAUUCACCAUCCUAAUACCCCAGCACUCGCUGCCCCAGUUGGACCGCGAACGCAUCUACUUAGGAAACCCCGCAUGCACCGCCCAGCUGACGGCCACCUCCUACAAGAUCCUCGCCCAGUUCGUCAACUGCGGCACGGCCAGCCAGAAGCGCCGCAACGUCACCAUGCUGGUUAACAAGCUCUACAUCGACUUCUCCGACGGCGAGCGGCGCAACGUGCAGGAGUACAAGGUGCAGUGCGACGCCAUGCGCAAGGCGGCCUCGGUGUCCAUCGUCUCGGCCGAGGAGCGCCGGCUCGAGCGGGAGGCCAUGCGGGGCGAGGCCGUCGCCGCAGGGGGCGAGGAGGGGCGCGUCGACGAGCCCCACGACCUCAGCGAUAUCGUCUUCAUUAGCAUCUGUGUCCUGGCCGUCAUCCUCAUGGUGAUCGCCAUUGUCUGGCUCGUUUUGCUUUAGCGCUCUCUUCAUCAGUCACAUUAUUAGGGACGCAUAACCGUUCAAUUGAAUGUAAAAAUUGGAUCCAAAACUGGAGCUUUAACU